AUGACGAUAAAUUCCAAGAGAACUGGCUAUAUUUUGAACAGUGUUGCCAUGGUGAUGUGUAAAUCUGCUGUACUUCAUCUGAUGUGGCUCGGAGUUUACGUGUGUGACACACACUCACUGCAGUUCUUCUACACUGCUGUCACACCAGGAAUAAACUUCACAGCUCUGGGUCUGGUGGAUGGAGAGCAGUGUGUGUACUACGACAGUGACAUCAGGAAGAUGAUCUCAAAGACAGAGUGGAUGCGGAAGAUCAGUGCUGAUGAUCCAGAUUACUGGAACAGAGAGACAGAGCGUUUACAGGAUCACCAGGACAUUAUGGCUACAGUAAUGAAGAACCUGAAUCAAGAUGAAGGAAAUCAUACACUCCAGGGGAUGUUGGGCUGUGGGCUUGAUAACGGCGUCACUAGAGGAUACAGUCAGUACCGUUAUGAUGGAGAAGAUUUCAUCAGUCUGGAUCUGAACUGGAACCUGGGACACGGACAUGAAUCCUGGACACCAGCUAAUGAUAAAGCACAGAACUUUUUAAUGGAGUGGGAUCCUAAAGGAGAGAAGGCUAAAUACUGGAAGGACUACCUGAAGAACGACUGUAUUGAUCAGUUAAAUAAGUUUGUGCCUUACAGCAAAGAGACUCUGGAGAGGAAAGAUCUUUCUGUAAAUCCAGUGUCCCUGGCUUCUCCAGAGGUGGUGUGUCACGCCACAGGAUUCUUUCCUGAAGCAGUGAUAAUCUCCUGGUGGAAGGACGGGGAGGACGUGAACGAGGACGUGGAGCUCAGAGAGACUCCCAACCAGGAUGGAAGCUUCCAGAAGAAAAGCAUUCUGAGUCCCAGCUGAGGAUCUGCAGAAACACACCUACACCUGCGUGGUUCAGCACAGCAGCUUGGAGGAGGAGAUAGUGCCGACAGAGAAAAAUGGACGA